CUCUCAUGAUUUUAUACACAUGUACAGUAGAGGCAGAUGAGAUCAGUUUAUCUUGGCAUCAUGUUUGGCACAGACAUUGUGGCCUGUUCCUGAGCUGUGCUGUUCUAUGUUCCAAACCAGUGGGUAGUGAAAUUGUGGAACGCCCUAACGCAGAAGAAGUCAUCGAAUAUAUUCAACAAAGAAGAUAUAUUUCGCAAUGCACAGGAGUGGUUAUAUGUCUUGCAGGAAAGAAAGAUGUGUUACAUGUUUUCUGAAGAUUUUCCAGAAUAUUUCAUUCUGUAAUGAUAGACAUCAAAGUGGUGAUUAUUUUGUUUUUGGUUAACUUGUAACUGGAAAUGCAUUUCUCUUUAAGUUAGUGAGCUCAUUGCAUUCAUGUUACCACCUCAGUUUGUUGAAUGCAAGUUUAGAUACACUAAGAAAUACAACAUUUCCUGCUGGAGGUAUGAUCAUUGCGACAAAAUUAUUUUGGUGUUAAACAUUAAUGAAUUAAUGUAAUAAAUGUGUUCCUACAGAUUUGUUGCAAAAUGACAAUAGAUAGUGGUGAUAUGAUCUAUGGAACCAGACAAUAUAGAGGGGAUAAAAGGCAAAGAAAGUUGUUUCACUAGUUAAUGCCACAAUAUUACUUGUGAUAUGUACCUCACAUUAUGAGAUCCUAGAAUAGAUUUCAUACCUCAAUUUGGUGUGCAUCACACAUUUACAAGCCGUGGAACAUCAUUUACAAUGCACAAUCUAACUUUCCCAGUUUAACAUGCAGGUCUGGCUGAGAGAUCUGUUGAGUAUUCUUAGCUUGAAAUGUGCUGGUGACUGCCGUCAGUAAACUAUGACAGCUGAUCGGCUCAACUACACGCCAUUCCAAAAUAGGAGUGGAGCCCUUGAGUUCUUGGCAUUAAGUGGACCCCAUGUGUCACCCUGGGCCGUCACACAGUCAGCCAAGUGCCUACUAACAACACUUUAUGAACUUUUCAAUUCCCGUGUAAUCAACCUGUAAAACAAGAUAUGGCUGGGAAAGAACAUUGUUCAUAUACCUACGAAUUCAAGGAUCCGAAUCAUUCUGCAGAGUUCCUUAAUGCAUUUAAAGAAUUUUAUCAAAAUGAAUUAUUCACAGACAUUACUUUGGAAUGUGUCUCAGGACAAUUAUUUCACUGCCAUAAAGUUGCCCUGGCUGCUUGUAGUACUUAUUUCAAAGCAAUGUUCACUGCAGAUAUGCAGGAAAAAGCUACCAGGAUGAUUAAACUUCCAAACAUUGAUUACAGUAUCAUGGAUGCUUUUAUAAGAUUUGUAUAUACAUCAGAAGUGCUAAUAACAGAAAACAAUGUCCAAACUUUGUUAGAGACUGCAGAUCUUCUACAAUUUACAUCAGUUAAAAUGGCUUGUGAAAACUUCCUGACCAGACAUCUGGAUUUUGGAAACUGUAUAGGAAUGCAUUAUUUUGCUGAAAGCCACCUUUGUACUGAUUUGGAGAAAGAGUCUCGACGGAUGAUUCUAUCUAACUUUGAAGAAAUUUCAAGACAGGAUGAAUAUUUAGAAAUCAGCAAAGACAUACUCCUUUUCAUUCUGUCCAGGAAAAACCUCAAUGUGUGGAAGGUAGAUAUCCUUCUUGAAGCUAUAGUCAGGUGGAUUUCAUAUGACGUGGAAAAUAGAAUUGAAUGUUUGGCGGAGUUGUUAAAAUAUGUCCAAGUUGAUUUGGAUGAACCGUACCUCAAAGCAGCACUUGAGGUAAAUGGUCAGUCCCUUCUCGCCAGUGAUGUUAAGAUGCACUCUUUAAAAUGUCAUGUUCUGACACCAAAUGCAAGGUACACAAUGAAUUCAUGGCCUUACAAGAAGUCAACAUGGUGUAUGUAUAUAAUUGGAGGCUAUUAUUGGCAUCCACUGUCAGAGGUCCACAUGUGGAAUCCAUCAAUUGAUUUAUGGACACAGGGUUCACAGAUGCCUGAUCACACAAGGGAGAGUUACGGUGUUUCUGCUUUGGGGCCGAACAUUUAUGUAACAGGUGGUUAUAGUUCUGACAACCUGGAGGCCCUGGACACAGUGUGGAUUUACAAUGCAGAAAUGGAUGACUGGGCAGAAGGGAAUCCAAUGUUGAAUGCUCGUUAUUAUCACUGUUCAGUGGUAAUGCAGGGCUGUGUGUAUGUGAUGGGUGGAUACCGAUCUGGAGCCCCAUCGCAAGAUGCAGAGUUUUAUGAUCCUUUGAAAAAGAAAUGGAUUCUGAUUGCAAACAUGCUGAAAGGGGUUGGAAACGCAACAGCUUGUGUCGUCCAGGAAGUUGUCUACGUUAUAGGAGGUCACUAUGGUUGCCGAGGGAGUUCAACUUAUGAUAAAAUUCAGAGCUUCAGAUCAGAUCUCAAUGAGUGGACAAUAGUCACUGUUACUCCACACCCAGAGUAUGGACUGUGCUCGGUGGGUUUAUAUAACAAGAUUUAUCUCGUUGGCGGCCAGACAACUAUCGCUGAUUGUUAUGACACAGAAAAGAAAGAAUGGAAACAGAUAAUGGAAAUGAACGAAAGACGAAUGGAAUGUGGGGCAUUGGUGAUGAAUGGCUGCAUUUAUGUUACCGGUGGAUACUCGUACUCGAGGGGAAGUUAUCUACAGAGUAUUGAAAAAUAUGAUCCCGAUAAAGAUACUUGGGAAAUAAUAGGGAAUUUGCCAGGUCCGAUGCGUUCACAUGGCUGUGUAAGUGUAUAUAAUGUUCAAGUAUAAAUAAUGUUCUGUUUACCAUCCGAUAUGAUACAGGCAAGUGAAUGAUGUAUGGAUUAUGGACUACUGGUGGUGUAAUGUCUUGCUUUACCCUAGGAAAUAAUCGUGAUUCACAAAUUUGAGCACAAAGUAUUAAUCAAUGGGAAUCAAUGGACAACAAAAGCUUUUCACUGUACCUCGGUACACAUAACAAUAAACUAAACUGAA